UGGGUGUGCGUGUGGGGUGUGGGUGUGUGGGUGUGGGUGUGGGUGUGUGUGUGGGGCGCGGGUGUGGGUGUGGGUGUGGGUGUGAAUAUCAAAUGAUACACCCCACGCCCACUCCCACGCCCACACCCCACACCCACACCUACACCCACACCCACAUCCACACCCACACUCACACACCCACACCCACCCGCACCCACACUCACACCCACACCCACAAAUAAAAUGUAUGAUAUUGUAUAAAUUUUUUGAUAGGACAUUGGUAAUGGCUGCCCACAUUUGGGAGGCAGCCACAAAAGGAGUUGGUUUAACUGAAUUUGGUUUAAUAGAAUCUGAUAUUAAUAAUGAACGUAAUGGAUUACUGUUGCAUGAGUGUAUCGAAAAAGCCUUUGAUCAUCAACAACUAUGCUUUAUUUACAAUCCAUUUAGUGGUUAUUUACAUGUGACGAUAUUAUGCAUUAAUUUGAAAUAUAUGCUUAUCAUCGAUGAUCCACAAAUGAGAAUUAACUUAAAUGAAAGAAGAAAAUUUAAUGAUAUUGAUGGCAAUACUUUAAUAUUAGCAAAAGAUAUAUAUCCUUAUCGCCGUCUUCUCAAUCAGCACGCAAGAUGUGCUUAUAAAACCGGUAAGCUUAACAAAUGGAUUGACGAUAAUGAAAAAUUUGAAGGUUUUUUUUAUUUAUCUGGCUUAGUUUCAUUACCAGGUGAUGAUCGUGAUGAAUAA